UCUCGGUGAUAACAAACUCUAGACCGAUACGCGUGAUAAUCUACAUACAUCGCCUCCGAGUUAGGCCUGCCCUCGAAUUGCCUUCGAUCCAUCAUGAACUUCAGUGCUGGAUUUCUUCGGCUAUCUGCUCCCAGAUUCAGCAGAUCGCUUGCAACUGUAUCCCAUACAUCCCGUUCGGCACCACAAAGACAUGACUGGACGCGACAAGAAAUCCAAAAGAUUUACGACAGUCCUCUGUUAGACCUUGUCUUCCGCGCGAGCAGCAUCCACCGUCAGAAUCAUGACCCUAGCAAGAUCCAGCUAUGCACACUUAUGAAUAUCAAGACUGGUGGAUGUUCUGAGGACUGCUCGUACUGUUCUCAGUCAUCCAGAUAUUCCACUCCGACGAAGGCUUCACGUUUGCUUGAUAUCGAACCUGUCAUCGAAGCAGCACGAAAGGCCAAAGAGAAUGGAAGCACAAGGUUUUGUAUGGGUGCAGCAUGGAGGGACCUCGCAGGACGCAAGAGAGGAUUUGAAAGAAUUCUUCAAAUGGUCCGAGAGGUCCGGGGCAUGGGGAUGGAAGUCUGCACGACUCUUGGCAUGCUUACUGCAGAGCAAGCAAAACAGUUGAAAGAGGCCGGCCUCACUGCAUACAAUCAUAAUCUUGAUACGUCGCGUGAAUUUUAUCCGCAGGUCAUCACGACGCGGUCAUACGAUGAGCGCCUGGGCACGAUUAGUGCAGUUCGAGAUGCUGGAAUAAGUGUCUGCUCCGGCGGUAUAUUAGGUCUUGGAGAGUCGGAUGCGGAUCGCAUCGGCUUGAUUCAGGAAGUUGCCAAUAUGCCAGAACACCCAGAAUCCUUUCCUGUAAAUGCACUCGUACCAAUACCAGGCACUCCACUCGAAGGAAAUGAACGGGUUGCUCAUCAUACUUUACUGCGGACGAUCGCCACCGCGCGUAUUGUUCUCCCAGGAACAAUAAUCAGACUUGCAGCGGGAAGAAACACGCUUAGUGAAUCUGAGCAGGCCAUGUGUUUCAUGGCUGGCGCUAAUGCUGUGUUCACGGGAGAACAGAUGUUGACCACUCCAUGUUCUCCAUGGGAUGAGGACAAGGCAAUGAUGUCUAGGUGGGGUCUAGAGGGAAUGCAAAGCUUCGAGCAAGCAAGCGUCGCAAGGAAGGAAGGUGCUGCGCUAGGAUCGCAAAGCACGAGAACAAUCUCAGAGUCGUAAGCGGAGUCAUCCUACAAUCCCAGGCAAAUUUUCCAUUCAUUACGAGAUACAAGCAAGAGACAUGAUUUCGCUUUGUUGAUA